GAAUCCCGAGUAUAUAUACCGGCCAGAGUCGUAGAACGGAUCACAGUCAACCGCGAUCGUCCACGGUAGCCACUAAGGACAACACAACACCAUCGCUCACUACUCUAAGUCACACUAUAUAAGCUCAAGAAUUUCAAUUCGCACAACAUGUCCAAAACACUGAUCGUUUUCGUGGCUUACGCCGUGGCCACCGCCUUGGCUGUCUACAAGGAGCCCGGAGCACCUACCUACCCAUCACACCAAGCACCCACUUACUCAACACACCAAUCAUCCUCCUACACAUCACACCCAGCACCCGCUUACUCGUCGCAUUCAGCACCCGCUUAUUCAUCACACUCAGCACCCGCAUACUCAUCCUACCCGGCCCCGGCCUACUCUGGUGCCCCGGCCUACUCUGGUGCCCCAGCCUACUCUGGUGCCCCAGCCUACUCUGGUGCCCCAGCCUACUCUGGUGCCCCAGCCUACUCUUCUGCUCCAGCCUACUCUGGUGCCCCAGCCUACUCUGGUGCUCCAGCCUACUCUGCUGCCCCGGCUUAUCGCGCCGCUCCGGCUUACUCGUCAUACUCGACAUACCCAGCCGCUCCAGCCUACCCAGCCGCACCAGCUUACCCAGCCGCACCAGCCUACUCGGCCGCUCCAGCUUACCCAGCCGCACCAGCCUACCCAGCCGCUCCAGCCUACCCGGCUGCUCCAGCUUAUUCAUCAUAUCCCGCUGCACCGGCUUACCCAGCCUACCACGCAGCCCCUGCUUACUCGGCGUACCAAUCCGCACCGGCCUACCAAGCCGUGUCCGCGUACCAAGCAGCGCCGGCUUACCACGCCGCGCCCGCUUACAACAGCAAACCAGCAGCGUACCAGUCCGCCGCUCCCGCUUACAACAAACCGGCUCAAUACUCGGCGCCCAAGCCGUACGCCGCCGCCGCACCGUCACCGUCGCCGUACAACUUCCAAUACAGCGUGAACGACGCGCACACCGGCGACGUCAAGAGCCAGACCGAGUACGCGGACGCCAACGGUUACGUGAAGGGCUCCUACAGCUUGGUGGACGCUGACGGAAGCAAGCGCACCGUCGACUACACCGCCGACGACCACAGCGGUUUCAACGCGGACGUCAAGAAGGAGGGCGGAUACGCUUCGUCGUCCCCGGCCACAUACAAGCCAGCCUACUAAUGGCCACGGUCGCCGAACGUCGCUCACGUUAAACCGACGAUAUCGUCGUCAUACCGCGUUCCGAGUGCGGUUAUCGCCGGUCGUCACCGCAGUCGCGGUAUACAUACCGCGGCGCACGGCUGUGACGGCACCGUCGUCAUGAUAUUAUAAUACCUAUUAUACGUCCUCUUACUGUAGAUUUUGUAUCGUUUUAAUUACUUAUGUGUUUUUGUAAAUAAAUUUCAUACGAAAAGUAACUGAUAAAA